GGGUGGCGGCGGCCACGGCACCGUCUGUAGAGCUCUGCACUUUGGACAGGUAAGCGCUGGGGCGAGGCUCCCCGUCGCGGGUAGCCGAGUGCUGGGCGAGCGGAGGAAGGGCAGGUGGGCAGCGGCAGGGAGCUGCUCGGCCCUCGGUGGAACGCUUCUUCCUUAGGCCGCUUUGUUUAUCCGCGGGCUUCUCUGCAUCCCACCGCGUGAAAGGGUUGUGGGGCUUGUUUCUGACUUGUCGCCGUGAAUUCUUUGAUUUUGAUUUUUUUUUUCUUUUAAGCAAUCUUUCUUCUGUUGGCGGGAAAAGAAAAAAAAAAAAAGCAUGGCCCCACGUUAAUUGGAAGAGAGAUUUUUUUGAAAUAAAGAAGUAAUAGGACAGGGAAGUUAAGGAGUCAACCGUGUAAAAUAGAUAGACCUUUUUGGCUUUUUCAGAUUGACUUAUUGGUGGGAGCUGUCUCUUUUUCCAUGUAAAGAAGCAGUAGACUGGGCCUUUUAAUAAAGUCUUUAUGUACUUUCCAGUGGUGGUGUUCUUGUAACUUAAGCUGCAUGCCCUGGAUAAAAAGGAAUAGCUGACCUUUUAUAUGUUGGGGUUUGGAUGAAUCUUUGGGUCUGUUUCUAUGAAAUAAGUGUACACACCAAAAACUUGUGCAGUAUGAGGAUUCUGGAAGCACAGAAAAACACUUCAUAGAGCAAAAGCCUAGUUAUAAUUUAUCUUUAGGUUUCCUUGUCUUCUUGUCUGGAAAAUACUAUUUUAAAAUAUAGGUUGGGGUUUGGGUUUUUUUAGUGGAUCACUUCUUAAUAUGCUUUUGUAUGUGCUACAAUUUCUAUUCACAAUUUACAGUUAUGUAAAGCUUACUGUGUUAACAAUAUACUUGUUGAAUAUUGCUAACACAGGUGCAGUUUCUUGGGCUACACAACUAUGCAGGUUGUGUGUAUCUCUCAGGUCACUGCUUUCAGCUGACCUGUCUUAGAAAGGGAUUGUGAUGUGACACAUACGUAUCAAGUGGUGGAAAUCCAGACACAUUCUGGAACAAGCUCUGCUGAUUCUUUUUUCAAGUUCAAACUCUCACUGUUAAAAUACAUUCUUCUGCUGUGAAGUUACAAAACUUCAGCCUCCAGCAGUUGGGUUUGCAUUUUCUGACAGUAAAAGUAUUUGUAACUGUCUUUCCAUGUAAACUGAUGGGCAGUGACUUGAAGCAUGGCCUACCCUUUUGAUAAACAAAAUGGGAGAAUGACCCCUACUUUCUCUCAGUAAUAUUUCUGAGAAUUUCUAUGCAACAUACUUCAUGUACUUGAAAUAUUUCUUUGUUAUAGUGUUUCCUGUACUCUUUCCAGUAGUGGUUUAAUCUUGGAAUCUGAUUAAUUGAAAUAUCCUGAAUUACUUUAGAGCCUUUAUUCAAUCAAUGAAAUACAAUGCAGGAUGAGCCAACCCUUUCACCUCAAUCAAUGUUGCAUUUAAAUAUAAUGUACUCGUCUAGAAACUUGUUUUGACAUUCCUUUGGUGCAACAGAGAGAGCUCAUCAUGCCAGCCUUCAAGCUCUCAGCAAAAUCAACAUCUUCAUGUUUUCUCUCUUACUUGGCUUUUAUUUUGGAGAGGAUUUUUCAAAACAAAAACAACAAAAAAAAAAAGAGGAAAAAAGCCCCAACCCCAAAGAACAACUGAACAAAGCAUGCAAGGCUUCUUUGUGAAACAUCAAAACAUUUAUUAAAGUUUUUUUCACAAUUACUGGUAAGCGGUAUACUGAUAGAACUGCAAAUCUAGUUUUAGUAUAUUUUUGACAGCACAGAUUUACUUACGUGCAUUCACUCUAAACUGUCUUCCUGGCCUUGUAGAGGGGCCUCUCUGCACUGCUGUCCCUGACUCUACCACCCAGUUCUCUUCUAGCAUCAGGAAAACACCAAGCUGUCUCCCUGCUCCAAAAAGCAGAGGGUGGACCUUGCAGAGACUGGCAAACAUUUCCCAUCUGACUGCCCAAUGGCACAUGGAUAUCUCAAGAGAGGGCAAGGAAAAAGAUUGUGUUGAGGGUGUGAUUCUAUUAGACCACACAGAUACGGAUCAGAGUAAUAAGAUCACAGUCAGCUGGAAGUGUUGAAGUACAUUACAAUGUCUGUAAUUUCUGUUUUGAAAGUAACUUACUUGAGGUGUUAGUGAUUUUCUUUUUUCUGUAUAUUAAUUCUAAGUAUUGGCUUUUCAGAAAUGCAAAGGAAUGUAUUUAUUAAUCUGACCACAAUUUUAACUUGUUAUGUUCAGACAAGUUUAUCUGAAGAAUGACUGUAUCAAAGUGUGGCAGAAUAAAUGAACUUUGGUUUAAAAUGAAAAAAAAACCACAUUAAUUACAUUAUUUUGGAGUCUGAUGAAGUUAUUUAGACCAUUUAGUAUGGAGGGAUCUGGAAAUACUAUAAAAUAGUUGAAGGUAACUUACUAAUCAAGUCUUUGAUUAUUAAAUCUGUUGUUUUCUUAGGUGUACACAGGUCCUGGACCUUUUUUUAGUUGAAUAACCUGUAUCCUGCUGACCAAGAAACCAGAUUUUUUUUUCUGGUUUUACUUACUUCCUCAUUGGAAAAGGACAGUAGUGGCUCCCUGUUCACUUCAAUGUCAUUUUGCUGCUAAUGGGUGUAAGUAAAUUAGAUGUCUUGUACAGAAAGCUUCUCCUCACUAAACUUUUCAUCAGAGGAUGGGGAAAGCCAGAGGAUCUGAAAAGAAUAUUUGAAUUCAGAAAAAUUAUUGGAAACAGGGAAAAAUGCCAGACGCUGGUUUCGAAAGAUUACCCAGUGUUCAUUGACAAGGUUGAGGAGCAAUCUGACUGUAAAAUCCUCGAGGGGCAUUUCAUUUCCCCGUUAGCUCAUUAUGUCCCAGGUAUCCUGCCAGUCGAAUCUCUUGUAGCAAGAUUUCAGUUCAUCAUACCCAGAAGAUGGAAUAGCAAGCAUAGACCUGUGUGCAUUCAUUUAGCAGGCACUGGAGAUCAUCACUUCUGGAGGAGACGCACAUUAAUGGCACGUCCAAUGAUUAAAGAAGCCUGUAUGGCUUCCCUAUUGCUAGAAAAUCCUUAUUAUGGGUGUAGAAAACCUAAGGAUCAAUUACGGUCAUGUUUAAAAAAUGUCUCGGACCUGUUUGUGAUGGGAGGAGCUCUUGUACUAGAAUCGGCAGCUCUUUUGCACUGGCUAGAGAGAGAAGGCUAUGGACCGCUAGGGAUGACUGGAAUAUCCAUGGGAGGACAUAUGGCUUCACUGGCAGUGACAAACUGGCCUAAACCAUUGCCAUUGAUUCCGUGUCUUUCCUGGUCAACAGCUUCUGCAGUCUUCACUACGGGUGUGUUGAGCAAAGCAGUGAACUGGAGAGAGCUAGAGAAACAGUAUUUUACACAAACUGUUUAUGAAGAAGAAAUCAUUCAAAUGCUUGAAUACUGUGGUACGGAUUCUUUCAAAAUGGGACAAGACUUUGUUAAAAACUUCCCUGACAGUGUGGACAGUCUGGAGGAUGUGGACGUGACUUCCAGAAUGUUUGACCUUGAUUCCUCAAACAAGACUGUAUCUACAGAAGCUGUUCAUAGCUUUACCACAAAUAAAAGUACUUUAAGUGCCUCAUCAGAAAGACUCUUAAUACAAGAUGCUCCUAAAAUGCAGUGCAUAAAUCAAACAUUUUCAACCAGUAGCAACAGCAAUAAAAACUUAACCAGCCAACAAGGACAGAGGAUAAAUAAAAGAAGAAAGAGUGACACUUUACAGAGAGAAUCCUUAAGGUUCAUGAAAGGAGUAAUGGAUGAAUGUACCCAUGUAGCUAACUUCUCAGUUCCCGUUGACCCAAGUUUAAUCAUAGUUGUACAAGCUAAGGAAGAUGCAUAUAUUCCUCGAACUGGGGUGCGCAGUCUUCAAGAAAUCUGGCCUGGAUGUGAAAUCAGAUAUCUGGAUGGAGGUCAUGUCAGUGCCUACCUUUUCAAACAAGGACUCUUUAGACAAGCGAUUUAUGAUGCAUUUGACCGCUUUCUUCAGAAAUAUGCAGUUUAAAAAUCUCCAUAAUGUGUUCAAACUGAUCUCAUUCGUACUUCCACUUACUGGAACUCAUAUUUGGAAAACGAGGCUCAUGCAACGUUGAGUAGAUGGUCACUGACUUUGACUGUUCUAGGUAACGAUUAUCAAAAAUGGUGAAGUACCAGCAUUACUUUAAUUUCAACCAAAUGCCAUUCUGACACACUUGCUUCAGUUUUACCUGUGAAAAAGCAAUGGCAGCAUUUGUUAGCACGUGAAUAGUUCAUGUACUUCAUGUUUAAUCACAUUGUGUAUUCUUUUAAUUCUGAAUAAAUUCUGAAUUGUGUAUCAGCUGAAAACAAACUAAGUAUUGAAAGAAUGUAAAAUUUGCUGUAGAGUGAAGAUGCUCUCUUGCGUUUACUGUAUUUCUAGUUUGUUCCGGGUACCUUGGUUUCCUCUUGCCUCUGUAUCCCCUUGCUAUUCCUAUUGUGUUGUACUGUGGCUUGCCAGUACUUGGCCUCUUGUGUUUGUCACUAAUUUUCUCUAGUAUGACUUGAAAAUGAGCUAUAAUAGAAGGGGCAGCAUCAAAUCUUGUAAAAAGAAACUUUCAAUAUUCAGUGAAGAGUGAGAGACACUUCAUUCAAUGCGUCCAUGAGAUUUUUCUGCUACUGAAUUAAAAAGUGCUGUUCCAGAGGAAUCAUGUAGCAACUCAUUGAUCAGUUGCACAAAACUGGAAUAAGUGAAAAUGGAGUGUCUAGUAAUUAACUGUUACAUGCAUUCAGUUGGGUAACAUAAACUUUUUCUUCUAGAUUUUUUUUUUAGAAUGCCAGAGUAAGUAAGAAUGUAAUAAUUUUUCUGUAGAAGCAGUGCCACAAAGAGUCUGAUUUUAAGCAGUUAAAUCAGCAGCAGAUUAUAUGGUGCUAUAAAGACCUGUUGGAGAUAUUUCAACAGAGGUCCUUUUUAAAGUGCACUCAGUGCUGAUAUAGAAAAUACAGUUUAAAUAUAUAAUAAUAAAAAUGUAUGUGAAACUAAGGUUUAUCAAAAUAAUUAAGUUACCUCCUUACGGUUUUUUUAAUGGGUAGAAAAAUAAAAAUUUAGGAUUAUGAAUGCAUUAAAGAGAAUCCAGAGUCUGUCGUUUCCUCUUUUGGGAUCAAAAAUGACAGCAAACUAUGGUAGGAUAAGAGGUUUUCAUGCAUCAGCUGUGUACGGUAUCUGUCCACAUCUUAUUUCGUAUUAAUCUCCUGUAACAUUUUUUUAAAACUAGUCAGCAGAGGAGUGGAAAACCCAGAACAUUUCAGUAUUAAUUUUAGUACAGUAAUGACCAGAGUUACACAGAAACAAACAGAAAAAUCCAGCCAUUUCUCAGGAUAUGUAACUUCUCACCUUUCAAAUCAAGUACUUCAUUGAUCUCCAUGGUUAGCAUAAUGGUUUUUAAUAGGCAAAGUAUGAAGCAAACAAAACUCUAGUCUAUAUAGAUAUAUUCUCUUGAAAUUUAGUCUGUCAGACGGGAGUGGUAACUGCUGAAAUCAUGGUUCACUUGCAAAUCAGAUAAGUUUAGGUAAAACUGAAAUGCAACUAUUUUUAAUAAGCCAAAUUAUUUAACAUACAAAUUUACUGAAAAUGCAAAAGAAGUUGUAUUUUGUUGGAAGUUAAAUUGUUUGUUUCAAGUGGUUUUUCAUCUCUUCUUUAGACAGUGUUGGUUUUCUGUAUAUUGGGAGCAAGUAUGAAGUGACUAGUGCAUUUAAAUGUAGUAAAACACUGAAUGGUGGAAGGUUUGAAAUGAAAUAUAAGUAAAUCUACAAAUUUAAAAUUGGAGGCCUGGAUGCUCUACCAAAAGAUUUAUGGGGUUUGCGUUUUACAAGCUCAUUCAUCAACUAAAAGUGUUUUACAAGACUGCAUUGUCUGCUGCUCAUCAACUUUUUUUGAUCUCACAUUUUAAAUGUGUUUCUGUGCUUUAUGUCCUGUUUCUGUUGCAGCUAUGAGAAAGGGAGAUAACUGGUGGCAAGGAAAAGGGCUUGAAUAAAUGGAAAAGACAGAUUUUAUAAGGCUGGGAGUAAGCACAAAAAAUCAAUUUCUCUAUGCUACAAAGUAUAACAUGCCAAAGUAAAUAUUUUCAAAGCGCACAAUACUAGGAAUUACACAACUGAUGGGAACUUGACAUCCUGAGGUUAGUGUUCUGAUGGUAUUACUAACAAGGUUUAACUUGCCAAAGGGGCAUACUAUUCACAGAAGCAGAUUUAUGCUAAUGUAACUCCUGUUUGUGAGAGUGUCUUUUGGGAUAAGUAGUGAAAGACUGGUCUCUGACAAGAAUGAGAAAUCACACUUUGCUAUGUAAUGAAAGUGACAUUGCCAAAUAUGAAAGCCCAGUAAGAAGCAUUUAAGAAAUUUCUCAGGUUAGAAUAACAAAAAGGAAAAAUGAGCUAUGUGGUCUGUUCUGCCAGUUAUCAGACACAGGCAAGUAUUAGCUGGUCUGUGAAGGGGGGAAUCUUGCUGUGUAAAUGUUUUUAACCUUUUCAAAACUGACUUUUUAAACCGGAUUUUAAGGUUAAAUCAUAAGAAAGCAUUAUUAGCAAUCCAUUUUGAUGUUAAAUGAGAAUGUGAUUUUAAUCCAGCAAUUGCAUGA